AUGCGCGGCAAACGCUCCAAAACCUACCGCAAACUAAUGCUCCAAUACCAACUCAACUUCUCCUUCCGAACCCCCUACCAAGUCCUCCUCGACAGCGCAAUAAUCCAAGCCGCCUCCUCGACCAAAAUGGCCCUCGGAGACCGCCUCUCCACAACCCUCCACGGCGAAAUCAAACCCAUGAUCACCCAAUGCUGUAUUCGACACCUCUACAACGCAGCUCCCUGUCCCGAAAAAGACGCCUGGAUUGCCGUUGCGAAAGCGGCUGAGAGAAGGCGUUGUGGACAUCAUGAAUUGGAGGAACCGUUGAGUGAGGAGGAAUGUAUCAUGAGUGUGGUGGAUCCCAAGGGCAGUGGAGGGAAUCGGAAUCGGUAUGUGGUUGCUACGCAGGAUGAGGGGUUGCGGAGGCGGUUGAGAGGGGUGGUGGGCGUUCCCCUCGUGUAUGUGAGGAGGAGUGUGAUGAUUUUGGAACCCAUGGCCAGAGUCACCGAGCAAGUUAGAGAACAGGAGGCCAAGGAGAAGGUCAAGGCGGGGUUGGUCGGGAGGAGGGGUGUUUUGGCGGGGGUAGGGGAGAAGAGGAAGAGGGAAGAUGGUGAUUCUGAGGAUGGUGCGCAAGGACCUCGAGAAGAAGGGGAGAAGAAGAAGAAGAGAAAAGUCAAAGGCCCCAAAGGUCCCAAUCCUCUGAGUGCGAAGAAAGCAAAACCCAAACCUGUGCUUGACAUGGAAAGGGCUGCUGUUGUUAAGAAAGCUGCGAAGAAGGAUGAUCCACAAGCAGCGGAAAAGGCCGGUCUAAUACCUCCACAGAGCGAAGAUGGAGAAGCACAACAAGCAUCGACAAAGCGGAAGAGAAAGCGGAAACCCAAGGAUGCUCAAGUCCACGUCGCUGAUGGAGGCGAGGUCGCUGAUGGAGAAGAAGACGCAUAG